AUGCAUAGCCUCGGAACGAUGCACGAGCACCAGCGCCCCAACCGCGACGACUACAUAGACGUCCAGAACAUACCGACAGAGUAUGCUGGCCAGUUCACAAAGUUCGAUGAGCAGGACUAUGAAAACGCCGUGGGCGAGGCGGCAUGGGCGGCCGAGUGGGAUUGGUUUUCCAUCAUGCUCUACUCGUCCUACACGUUUGCGGUUCCGGGUGGCGAUCCGGUGAUGCUGACCAAGAAUGGCAACCAAAACGUCUCCGACGGCGACGGCGGCUAUCGGGUUGUGAGCGCCGGGUCCGAGUUUGGCUCCAACAGCGUCCUGUCGCCCAAGGACAUCGCGCGCAUUCGGGCCCUCUACGGGUGCGGCGCCGUCGCCUCCUGCGCCGGGUACGCCCCGCCGCCGCAGUGCAGGGAUGCGGUGACGAGGGGCGAUUGCGUCGCUCUCUCUUCCCGCGCAGAGAGCCCCUGCCGCUGGGAUGGGGGCGCUCGCAACGGUAUGGGGCAGUGCGGCGAGUGCGCGGAUGCUGGCUGGGAUCUGGAUGCCUGGACCGUCAGUAACGGCGACCUCAUCGGUUGCGCGUGGCUCGCCGAAGCCGGCGGCCGGUUGGGCUUGCCAUAUAUAAACUUGGAGGGGAGCCGCCGCUUCUCAUGCGACUACCCCGGUUCGGGCACUGGAGGCGAGCGUGGCUAG